AAUUACAAAUAUAAAUUCUUGCAAAAUUGUAACAGUAUCCCUCUAUUCAUAUGACUUCUAGAUAGUUCCACUGUUGUAAAGUGCCGCGAGCUCUAGUUGCACACCCGCUCCGCUAAUAGGGAUCAUCUCCCAUCAUUUCAACUCUCUCACCCAGCAUCGAUAAGUACCCACCUACCUACUUCUUUAAUCAUUGCAAUUUCGAAACAAGCUCAAGCGUUGUCGGUGUCGAAUAAAUUUUGUAUAAUGUAAACGUGAUAACAAUUUAAAUUCCUCUGUAAAGGGUCUCGAGCCGACAAAAACAACAAACAAACGGAGAGGCGCGCGAUUGGCGCAGCGGCAAGGGGCGGCGCCGGCGGCAGGCCCCUCCUGCCUCAUGCGCCAGUCUCGCUCGCUCGCCCAGUCCUUAUCUUCCACUCCGCUGCGGGAGACGUGUGAUCAGCCAAUUUUCAAUUGACAAUAAUAAUCAAAAUAAUAACGGGUUAGUGAUAAACUAUGCCUCGACCCACACGCGAGUCCUACGGAGACCAAAAACCACCGUUCUCAUACAUAGCUCUGACCGCCAUGGCCAUCUGGAGUUCUCCAGAGCGCAUGCUGCCGCUCUCAGAGAUCUACCGGUUCAUCACGGACCGCUUCCCGUACUACCGGCGCAACACGCAGCGCUGGCAGAACUCGCUGCGGCACAACCUCUCCUUCAACGACUGCUUCGUGAAGGUGCCGCGCCGCCCGGACCGGCCCGGCAAGGGUGCCUACUGGACGCUGCAUCCUCAGGCCUUCGACAUGUUCGAGAAUGGCUCGCUAUUGAGGAGACGCAAGCGGUUUAAGUUGCAUAAGGGAGAGAAAGACAGUUUGAAUGCGGAGCUGGCGGCGUUGGCAAGUUUUAAUCGAGCGUUUUUGGCGCGUCAGGCGGGCGGGCCGCCGCCGCCACCGAGUAUGCCGAGUGGAGGAUUGUAUGGCCCCACUGUGAACCUAUGUUCGAGGUUGAGUCCCGAGCCACUGGAAGCGCCGGAUACGGCAGCGCUACUGCCGGCGGGGACGCGGCCGCGGCGCGCGUUUACGAUCGACGCGCUAUUAGAGCCGGAGCCGCGGCGCUCGCCAUCACCACCGCCGCCGCCACCCAUGCAGCCGCACUGCCCGCUGCCGCUACCUCCCGCACCCUACUUGUUGGCGGCGCAGCGCUACCACGCAGAGCUGCUGGCCGGACUGCAGCAGUCUUGCCUACCCCCGUUGUGGACGUGGAGAGACACAAACCAGUUUUCACAUUAUACGCUUAAUUCAUGAAUGGUACUUAGAUCAACAGAUUUAAUUUAAAAACGAUCUCAAGAUAACUCUAGACUUAGGAAAAACCUAGAGUCUGUUUCAUAUUGGAAAUAUCUAAAUAAAUCAAUAAAGGAGAUUAAUUAGUGGAAUGGACUUAGAACUUUACACUAUAAUAAAUUAGACUGGGAGGCCGAUGGUAAUAUUGGCAUCGAGUCUAAUGACCACUAACGGGAUAACCAUAACGCGGUUUCGCGUUUUGCUACAAACUACAAAUUAGUGAAAACCAUUGAACUCGACUGCCCCUCAUGCCCAGAUUUAUUAUUAAUUGCCUUGUCGAUUUAUUUGAAGGAAAAAAUCUAUGUCCAGGCUAGAAAAACUUCUACAUGUUCUAAUUUGUUUUUCCUGUUUCUGAAGUUAGCAUUUCCCUAUGUAAAUAACAAUUGCCAUAAUAACAAGGUUUUCAUUGCAAUGUCGCAUAGCGUAGGUGAAAAAGUUAGAGUUAGGCCAAAAUUCUAUGAAAUUAUGACGUAUAAAUAACACUUGCACCGCGUGGGCUAUCAAAGUUGCUGCAGACUUUUAUUGGUGCGACUAUACCCUACUGCUAUUUAUAAUUUCAAACCCUUAAAGUGGAUUUGUCUGACCGCAGUUAUAGUCACAAAAAUAGAUUUAAAUUAAAGCAUAAAGCAUUUUGAAUCUUUAUAAAAGGUUUAGUAAUCUCAAAACUAGAUGGCGCUAUGGAAGGGGCUGGAUUCAGCCACCAAAAACGGUGUUACUCCGAUGUUACACCAUAAAUCGUCUGCAAUAGACGAAAAGGCCUAUGAAUGAAUGAAUAAGAAAAUAAUAAAAUGCCUAGAAUGCUUUUAUUGUGUUUACACCUACCUACUUUUGUGCAUGUGAUAGCCGCCAGGAAAGUGGAAUACGUUUAGAAGUCAUAAAUAGCAGUACUAGGUAAUAAUCGGAUCGGUGUUGAGCGUAAAAAGUUAAUAUGGAAAAAUCGUGAUGUUAUUUGGAGCUUAUCGGUCUUGAUUAUUUUACUAGUCUCUGAUAUUAUUUUGGCCUUAAUUCUACAAAUACUUAAGCCGAUGCAGCGGUUAUUUUUUAAAGAUCAAAAUAAAGCUCCAAUGUCUAUGCUAUGAACUUUCAGAAACUGGAAAAAAUUUUGUUCGAGUAGGUACAGUCAUCAGCAAUAGUAUCUUACACAACUAGGGCCCCAAAAAUAUGUGACACGUUCUUAUUUGGAGCGCAAUAAGAGCGCGUCAUAUAUUUUUGCGGCCCUAGUUGUGUAUAUUGCUGAUGACUGUACCUACUCGAACAAAAUAUUUUUAUGGCCCAACUAAACUAGAAACGUAAACAUUCCUAAAGUAGUAGCGAGAUUGUUUAACUGUGAUAUUCAUGCUAGAAUGUAGAUAAAUUAUGAAUUGUAAAUACUGUACAGCUUGUUUAGAUAAAUGUACUUGUUAUAAUAAUUUAUUUUAGAAAAUGUAACCUGAGGUAAAUCGAAAAAAUAAUAUAGAAAUAUUGUGUUUAUUGUUU